AUGAUAAAUAUCUGUAAUCUAGUAGGAACCACACAAUUUGCCAACAUGACCAUUGCCAUCAUUGCCAUGGUGAACCACACAGACCAGUCAAAUCAAUGCAAUGUUUCCAGAAGUACAUAUCCUGGGGAGGCUCAGGUACCAGUAUAUGACUGGAACCCAGAAAUCCAGGGUCUCCUCCUCAGUGCUAUGCUCUAUGGCUCACUUAUCACAACAGUCCCAGGUGGUUAUUUUUCUGGAGUUCUUGGAGGAAAGAAAAUAGCUGGAUUAUCAUUGCUUCUCUCCUCAGUUCUCAGCCUCUUGAUACCAUUAGCAGCAGACUCCGGACUGCCUUACUUGUUUCUUGUAAGGAUAGUACAAGGCCUGUCUCAGGGGAUGAAUUUCAGUGCUCUCGCUGCAUUUUGGCCAAAAUGGGCUCCACCACUGGAACGUACUCAACUAAGUACCAUUGGUUUAUCUGGUACAACAACGGGACAUUUCAUUCUGGUCAUUUGGGAUGGUUUCCUUUGUGAGUUCCCAGGCUGGCCAAGUAUCUUCUACAUAUUUGAGAAGAGCAUCAGGAGAGAUGUAAUGAAGGUAAAAUUGACAGGAUGUGGUAACAAAUUGCAUGUAGAAGGAGGCGUCGGCUGUGUUUACUCUAUUAUCUGGUUUUCUCUGGUUUACGAUGACCCUAUGGAACACCCAUUUAUAAGUGACAGUGAAAGAGAAUACAUUAUUUCUUCAUUGGCUGAACAGGCCAGUUCCCCUAAUUGGUCUUUGCCUUUCAAAGCUAUGAUGAAGAUUCUGGCAAUUUGGGCCAUUAUAAUAGCUAACAUUUACAAUAUGUUUGAUUUAAACUUUGAAAAGAAUGGGUUUCUGAGUGCACUGCCUCUCAUUACUUCAUGGAUCAGUAUGACUCUGGGAAGUAAAAUAGCUGAUUUCCUCCUGUCCAAGAAGAUUCUCAGGCUCAUCACAGUUCAUAAACUCUUCACAUUUGUUUCUAUCCCAUAUGUUGGCUCCACUACUGCUAUAACCUUCAUGAUACUGGCUAGCUCAGCAAGAGCCCUGUAUUACUCUGGAUUCAUCGUUAAUCCCCUCGACUUUGCUCCCAGAUAUUUUAGCUUUAUCAUGUCACUGGGAGAUGCUGUUAUGUUGAUUUCAGGGAUCAUUUCUCCCUACGUUACUGGAUACUUCAUCAGUCAGAAGAAUGUUUUCUUUCUAUCAUCUGCCAUUAAUCUAUUAGGAAUGAUUUUCUACUUCAUCUUUGGCCAGAAAGACAUCCAGCAUUGGGCCAAAGAGCAGAGACUCACCCGCUUCUGAGGGGCCAGGGAAAUGAACUGAAAAUUAGUUCUACCGAAAACAUCCUUAAGGAUUUUUAAGGUCAUCCUUGACUUCUCAACUCUCAGGCAAUACACGCCAAUGUGAGGCUUGUCUUUUUAAUAUCCACAACAUCUCUUAUGUGGGUCUGCUCUUCUCCACUCACACCCUAGUUCAGGCCCUUAUCACCUCUUGCUUAAUCUAUUGGAAUGACCUUUUGCAUCUCCCUGCCUCAUCUCUUCCCCACUCUCCACAUACUCCACACAGCUGACAAAAUGAUUUUCCCAAAGACCAAAACUAAUCAUGUCUCUCCCCUCUAAUCAACAAAUUCCACCAUCUCCCAAUUACCUCUAGAAUACACUACAAACUAGUAUAUUUGAAAUUUAAAGCUCUUCACAGCAUAGCCCCUUCCUACCUUUGUGGUCUUAUAUUUUAUGCCUUUCCUCACAUUCCACAUUCUGGACCUGCUGCUUUGCCUUCUCAUUAUUCUGCACAUAUAACAUUUUCAUCUCUACUCUCCAUGACUGCGCACUCACUCGCAUCCAUACCUGGAAUAUAUUCCCUGCACACCUCUGCCUCUUGGAAUCUUACAUUUUCUUCAAGACUCAGCUCAAGUGCCAUGAAUAUUUUACUGGUUCCCACCCCAGCUGCUACGGGACACUCUCCCAAAACAUACCAAUAAAAUGUUCAUUUUGUAUUGAGAAAAUUAAAAUUAUUUUGUGUCAUUUAAUAAUCUAUUCUGUAACUGACCCUCUUUUAUAUUACUGCCCCAUUUUGUAUAAUUGCUCCAGCCACAUUUCUCCAUCCUUGAGUUAAGCUCAGGAAUACAGUUUUCUCUCUGAGUCAAUUUAAAGGUAUAAUUAAAAGGGAAUGUUGUUAUCCCUCUGACCAUUACCUCCUGGAACACCUGCUUCUUGUCUAUAUCUCCCAACCAGCUUAACCUGGUGCCAUCCCCAAAUGUGCUUUCAUCCUUGCCUGCAGUUAGAGAUGAUUGGAUAUCCUCCAAUAUGACAUUGAGGCAAGUGGUACUGAUCCCCUAGCAAAGAUGACAAAAGGCAGAUGAGUCCCAUAAAACAAUUAACAUUCCAUAAUUGUCAGAGAGGGCCAAAGCACUUUUCUUUGUAUAGCCAAUCAUAAUCUUCCCCAACUAACCUGACCCCUCUUUUCCUGUGUUUCAAUAAAAAAGAUCUCUUCCUUCUCAUUGGGGUCACUGGCCUUACUAAGGUUGCAGGCUGACCCACUUUGUUAACAGUUAUGCACAUCACUGUUAAUAAAUUGAUUCUGCUCAAA